GAAGAAGUUGGGGGAGAAAAAUUGAUGAAAUUUCCAAGAGUGGAGGCACCAAAUGGACUGCACAUUAGAGUUUCAUCCAACUGACUGGUAGAUGAUCUAAUGUAGACUGUAGUGGUAUUGAAGAUAAACCCAUGCUUGAUGUGAAAGAUAAACGACUCUCCAUUGUUAUUGAAGGCAUUAUUCUAUGUAAAUCAGGCCCCAAAACAACCCCAAUCAAAGGAGCUGCUGCUAGAAUAACAUGUGUAGCUGUUGACGAGCAGGGUUAUGAAACAGCACCUUUCUCCAUCUUAAACACACCGACAGAUUCAAAGGGAUAUUACCUUGCGGCAUUGUACCCUCACCAACUCAUUCGCCACAGCCUAAAGCUUGCAGAUUGCAAAGCGUUCCUUCUAGAAUCGCCAUUGGAGACUUGUAAAGUUGCGACAGAUGUUAACAAAGGAAUGACGGGUGCUCCCAUUUCUUACCGUCGACUGCUCCACAACAAGAAGAUGAAGUUGUAUUCAGUUCCACCUUUCAUCUUCUCUAAUGGUUAUUGAAAAUAUAAAUUCUCUAUGAUCAUUUGCUACUUCUUUGUCAAAAGAUUGAUUUUCGAUUUUUUUUCUUCUAAUUUUAUGAUUUUUUUAAGGGGAAAUGGUUGUGAUUUGUUCUUAUAAGUGACGUUGCGUACUAAUAAGAAAGGUAAGUUUUUCCA